GGAAAGCGUCAGUGAUUCUGUUCGACUCGCUUAUCUUCGGGCUCGUGACUAUCAGCUGCAAUAUCUUCCCAACUCUCUGCCGACAGACAUAACACUUUCUCAAUUCCUAUCGAUUCAAGAGAAGGGUGUGUCAGCGUGGUCUUUCGAGCCCGACUACGAAACGGUCAAUUCGCUCCUCGUCCAUGCGCGCACGGAGAUUACGUUUCUUCCUGAUCCCGCAUCCUCGUCGUGUGUCCAGUCAAAUCUCCCACUUCCCAAGUUGAAUGAAGUCUACUACUGGGAGGUCAAGAUGUUUGAUCUACCGGAGACAACUGCGGUCUCAGUUGGACUCGCCACCAAGCCGUAUCCAGCUUUCCGCCUCCCCGGUCACAAUCGAUACUCGGUCGCCUUCCAUUCCAACGGGGAGAAAUCCCACAACUAUCCGUUUACGGCUUCCCAGUUUGGCCCUCGGUUGAAAGAAGGAGAUGUUCUCGGUGUCGGCUUUCGGCCUCGUUCAGGGACGGUGUUUUUUACGCGCAACGGGCGCAAACUAGAGGAUGCUUAUGUCGGUCUUAGUCGGUGGAACCUCUUCCCGACAAUAGGCGCGGAUGGGCCCUGCAGUGUGCAUGUCAAUUUGGGGCAGGCUGGAUUUGUGUUCAUCGAGGCCAACGUGAAAAAGUGGGGUCUGGCUCCUAGUGUUGGAACGUUGGCUCCUCCACCGGCAUAUGGCAGCGAGCGCGGAAGCAUCCUGCUGGACGUAGGAGGUCGUUCUCGUCCUCGUGUUGACGGUGCACGACGCGGAUCUCAUCGAUCUCGACGUCCCAGGACGCAAGUCUCGUCCCCUUUGCGGACAGAGACGCCGUUGACACCGCCUCCGCCGAUCACCCCGACCAUGGAGGACUCCUCUGAAGGACCCUCAGGUUCACAGACAUUUUCCGAGGAAGGAGGAGAAUCCGGGACCUCAUCACCGACGACAUCGACGCGAUCCCUUUCGCCAGGACCCGAAUUGACCAUUCAGGCGCUUUCAUCUCACCGACGCACCCCAAGCAAUGACCGCACAGCCACCCGGGAACCGGAAGACCGUCUUCCUCCUGAUGGGAUUACCCGUAGAGAUCCUCCGGCUUAUUCGCCGUUGGAUGCCUUCAGGUACUCGGAGGGUGUCCACGUCGAUCUCCCGGCUGAGGUCAUCGCCGCUGCUCUUGAAGGAAAUGCCAUCCCCCCUAGUGCCAUCGGGCAGAGCAAUCCUGACCGCCGGAGAUCCCGUCGCCACUAGUCAACCCCAUUUAAGUCUACGAAUAUGUUGUAAUAUUGUCCAUUUCUAUCAUCACUAUCAUUUGCAUUUACUUGCACACGUGACAACCCAACAACCAUCGCCAUCACGUGCUUCUGGACGCGUUCGUUGAUUUCGUGACAAUUGCUGUGACUAGUACUUGCGACAGUCCACGUCUGCCCAUACCGGGCCGGACAACGACCAUUCUAUGAGCGUAGCACUGCAGGACAUCUCUAUCGACGCGUUCUUGGCGCGAAUGACCGAAGACCAGGUUCUUGUCCUCGAACAACUAUUUCACACCAACCCAUACCCAAGUCAACAAGAACGCGAGCUACUCGCUCGCUAUGCCGACACAGAUGAUGCGACCAUCUCAACUUGGUUCCAACAGAGACGACACGCGUCAGUUCCCAAAUCUAGAUCGAAAGCGCGAUCCAUCUCGAAUACCAAGAGCCGGUCUCGCAGACCCUCGUCCAAAUCGACGUCCGGCAUCAGGUCCUCGACGCGACGCAAGUCGUCUUCCAGCUCUACUGUAUCGCCUUCAAAACGCCCCUCCUUAGACCAAGUCGCGUCUAGGUCUGAGAUAGCUGUGCAAGGUCUGCCGCCGCCGCCUCGUACCCCUUCGAGACCUCGUCGCGACCCCUCAGUGCCUAUCUGGGCAAACAUGGCUUCUUCUCCCAUCGGCCCGAUGAGCCCUGUCGCAGAUGAUUACGUCGAAUUCGGUCGCGUACAGCAGACUCGAAAGCUGGAAUGGGCAUGUGCACGUCGCAGGCUUGCCGAGAAGGAGGGAUUGAUUGCGGAUCUUCCUCCGCUCGUUUUGGACGAAGACCAUGGAGGAGGAGAGACGGAUUUAGAAGAACCCAUCACGCCGCCGAGCUCUUGCGGGUCCCAUUCUCCCAAGUCGGCGAUGCAAGAUCCUGAUGAAGAUACUAUGAAAGCAGCUCUCGCACUAUGCCGGCUGAUGUCCGGAUAGAUGUUCUUACAGCGGAAACAUUUGUAACACAAGAGUCGUGUAUGUAUAUGGCUCAACAAUGAAAUCUAACAUUCCAGCAGCGUGCCGCGCUACACUGCUAAGUCAGGAGCUGAAGACGACGCCCAGUGAA